AUGCGCAGAGGGGCCGCUCCGCCCGGGGGCCGCCGCCGCCGCGCCGCACCAUGAAGCUCCGCAGCAAGGCGGCGGCGCUGCUCCUGCUCGCGCUGGCCGCGCUGCUGCUCACGCUGCUGUCCCUGCGCGCCGGCCGCGCCGAGCCCCCCGCGCCGCCCGCGCGCCCCGCGGCCGCCCCGCAGCGCCGCCCCGCGCCGGCCCCCGAGCGCCUCCCGGGCGCGGGCGCCCUCCCCAGGGCCGGCCAGGGCGCUCGGAGGCGCCGGCCCCCGCGUCCGCGCCCCCGAGCCGGCCGCCGGGGCGCGGCGAGCAUGGAGAAGUUGGCGAGGAGGUCAGGGGAAUCCAGGAGUUUCCAAGCUGUGUUGCCCCCCGAGCUCUGGAUGCACCUGGCCGUGGUGGCCUGUGGCAAUCGCCUGGAGGAGACGCUGGUUAUGCUCAAAUCGGCUGUUCUCUUUAGCCACAGAAAGAUGCAAUUUCACAUCUUCACUGAAGACUCUCUGAAGCCCGAGUUUGAUAAGCAGUUGCGACAGUGGCCUGACUCCUAUACAAAGAAGUUUGAGCACAGGAUCUACCCCAUCACAUUUUCAGUUGGCAACCCUCAGGAAUGGAAGAAAUUAUUCAAACCCUGUGCUGCCCAGAGACUCUUUCUUCCGGUGAUUUUAAAGGAUGUGGACUCCCUUCUCUAUGUGGACACCGAUGUUCUCUUUCUGAGACCUGUGGAUGACAUCUGGAAGCUUCUGAGGCAAUUUAAUUCCACCCAGCUUGCAGCCAUGGCCCCCGAGCAUGAAAUCCCCAAGAUUGGCUGGUACAGCCGCUUUGCUCGGCACCCUUUCUAUGGCUCCACGGGACUUAAUUCCGGAGUCAUGCUGAUGAAUUUAACUCGUAUAAGAAGUGCCCAGUUCAAGAACAGCAUGAUUCCAACAGGCUUGGCGUGGGAAGACAUGUUGUACCCUCUGUACCAGAAGUACAAGAAUGCCAUCACGUGGGGAGACCAGGACUUAUUAAAUAUUAUUUUUUAUUUCAAUCCAGAGUGUCUCUAUGUGUUCCCCUGUCAGUGGAACUACCGUCCGGAUCACUGCAUGUACGGAAGCAACUGCAAAGAAGCUGAGCGUGAAGGUGUGUCUGUUCUGCAUGGGAACCGAGGCGUCUACCAUGACGAUAAACAGCCAACUUUCAAAGCGCUGUAUGAAGCAAUACGGGAUUUUCCCUUUCAAGACAAUCUCUUUCAAUCUAUGUAUUACCCUCUUCAGCUGAAGUUUCUGGAGACUGUGCAUACUUUAUGUGGACGAAUCCCACAGGUAUUUCUGAAGCAAAUUGAGAAAACAAUGAAAAGGGCUUAUGAGAAGCACGUCAUCAUCCGUGUCGGCCCCAACCAGAUGCACUGAAUAUUUCAUAUGGUUGCGAGUCAAUUAGACAUCUCAUGAACGAGGAAAUAUUCAUCUUUGAGCCGCCUGGAUCUCUUUUGUGUGAAUAUUUAAUGGUGCUCUAUGACAAUUGAGUUUAAAAAGCCUUGUUAAAUGUUGCUAAUUAGUUGCUCCUGAAAGGAAAUAUGCUUUAAUUUUUUCUAAGAUGCUAUUUGUCUCUCUGUUUUUUUAAAAAUUGUAUUAUUACUCAUUUAACAUUAUUCAAGCAGGUUGAGCUAGCUAUGAAAAGGAACUUUUGUGAGCUUUCCAAUUCCUGUUAAGUGUCUGAAACAAUGUCAGUGGCAUCUGACGUGGUAUAUUUAUCUAGUAUUCCUGAGACUCUGUCUAUGCAAUCGGCUCCCCAUACCCUUGUUGUAAAAGUAAUACGUGCUUGUUGUAAAACAAACACACAAAUUUUUAAAAAUUGUAGAGAAUAUAGGUCAUUGGACCAAAAUCAAGAUUACAUUAGCCGUAAUCCUACCAACCAGUGAAAAACAUUGUUAUUUUAACGUAGUUCCUUCCAACCUUUCCGCCCCCCCCCCACUUUUGUAUUUGUUCGCUUGUUGUCUAUUCCAUUGUAACACGUCUAAAACAGGCAGUCUGAGUAAAAGCUGGCCCCUAUGCUGAGAUUUUUAUGUAGGAGACUGAAAAGUUAGACAGAUGAUUCCGUUUAAAGCACUUUAUUUAAACUACAUCUGGGAAAAGCAUUCAGAUCUCAGCCAAUCGGGCAGUGGUAAAGGAUGAAGCAUGUCCAGGGGAGUUUUUUUAAGAAAAAUUGUUUAGAUCUGUGGAAGACUAAAUCAUAAGAAAUGUCUAUGCAGUCAUAACUUCUGACAGCAAAUUCAAUAAUUGUGUUAAACCUAAGGAGUGUGUUUGGCAGAGAUACGAUUUUGUGUUUGCCCACAGACAAAAACAUUGUCUGUCUUACAUCAUCAGUAGGUGUGGCCUUCUCUCUUCUUUAAACUCUUGGGCAAUAGGUGGAAGUUAAAGGCCAAGUUCGAACUGAAUGUGUACACAAUAAAUAGUUCAGCCAAUUCUCUUGGCGAGAAAAUUCAACUUCCUACCAGCCUUAGAAAGGACUCUAGUGUUUUUUCCUUCUCUAGGGUUGCCCAGCUGUUAGCCAAGGAGCCAGGCACGUCUUAUCACCUAGCUACAGAAGAGGAAGUUCUAUAUUGUGUUCCCCAGAGGGAUCUGACUUAAUCCCUAGGUGCUCACGUAGCUGGUAUCAGCAGAAGGGCAUUUAGCAUAAUGCUUUAUUUAUCUCAAAAACUUACGUAGCAACGAUCUCCAUAAUGUUUGCAACAGCCUAGUGAACUUAGCAGGGGCAUGUAUCAUCUUCAUUGGGCAAAUAAAGAAGUUGUAACACAGAGAAACAAACAUAGCCACUGUAAUUGCUGUUCUAUAAGACAUACAGGCAUGUUUAAGAUGCAUCCUAUUUUACAGAGAAAUUUUUGGAAACAAAAAUAUUAAAUAGUUUUCAUCCUAGAUAGACGGUGACCUGUAAGUAUAAAAUGAAAAAUAUUUUGUUAAUGCAAAUAUGGUAUCCUGUAUAUUGGGAUCCAGUAGGAUAUUAUAGAUUCUAUAUUAGCAGAAAAAGUCUUACCCUGAAAAAAUAUAUGCAAAUCUCAGCACUACAAAGAAAUGUAUAGAUAUCAAUCAAUAUUGGUGUGGAGCACUGUUCUGGUAGUAAGAAAUUUAAAUAUAAAAUGUUAGGGUAAUAACUCAUACUUUCCUUUUGAUCAGUUGGGUGGCCUGUGGUUUGUUAUUUUUGUUAAGGAAACUACCAAUAUGAUGUGAAACUCCUAUCUUUGCUGUUGUAUUUUAUGUUUCCUCAUUUCCCCACCAGCAGUGAUGUCAUUCACUAUUUUAUAUCUAAAGGAUAUGAGAUAAUUUUGAGAUUGUCUUUUGAAUAGGGGAAAAUGCAUCCUACAUACCUACAACUAGGGUUUUAGUGAAAGAGCCAGGAUGUGAACAUGAUUCCCUGACUUCUAUUCUGGUUUUCUCAGCAUAGCCAGUAAACUCCACAAAUGUCACUCAUUUAGUGAUGGCUCACAGACCGGAAGAAGUUCCUUUCCUCCUUUGGGGAGUCCCACAAAAAAAUCUGCUGUAAAGACUGAAUACAGCAAUGACUUCUCUUUUAUGAGAGCCAGGUUUACAUACAAUCUCAACUAUUGGUUCUGGUCUGAACAUGCAGAAUAGGAUUUCCAGCAAAGGUCUGUGAUAGAACUCUAGAACAUUCUAGAAUGAUGCAUUCUGAGACUGUGGAACCUUAGAAUUUGGUGUGGUGUUCUGCCUUGGAAUUCCAUCACUGUAUCCUGAAAUUUUAGGUGAGUUUGGUGGAGAAUUUAGAGGAAAUUUGCUCUUCCAAUCCCUGCUGCCUGAGUGUGCUUAUUAUUUUCUAUAUUUAGGAUGUUACCAUGAGGCAGUAUUUUCUCUGCCUUUGAUAAUUUCCAGAAAACUACUAUAUUAGCACCUUUAAAUCUGAGAACCACAAAUUUUAGUUCAGUGGACUCCUAAAACAUUCAGUCUGUGGUCUGAAGUUUGCCAAAGGUUGUGUUGCCCCAUCUGCCACAUUGAAUGUAUAUGGGAAGAGCAUGAGACUGGUUGUCUGCCUUCUCCUGUCCUCUCCUCUCCUCUCCUCCUCUCAUUUCCUUUAAGAUUUCGUUUAAUACAUAGAACUACAGACUUCCAUUGGAGAAUGAAAGAACACUUUCUAAUAGCAGAAUGUGACAGUGUUUUUAUAUACAUUGAGAUGAGACUUUCAAUAGCAGGGUCACUAGAAAUACAGACAAUAUUUUCUCGCUGAGGUUUUUGUUUUUUUUCCCUCUGAGGAAGAUUAGCCCUGAGCUAACAUCUGCCAAUUCUCCUCUUUUUUCUGAGGAAGACUGGCCCUGAGCUAACAUCCGUGCCCAUCUUCCUCUACUUUAUAUGUGGGAUGCCUACCACACCAUGGCUUGCCAUGUGAUCCCGUGCCCGCACGUGAGAUCUGAAUUGGCGAACCCCGGGCCGCCGAAGCGGAACGUGUGCACUUAACGGAUGCGCCACCGGGCCAGCCCCUCACUGAGUUUUUUUUUCCAUUGUAAAUCCCAGAAAUUGUGACUUAUGUUGAAAAUUCCAAUAUUUAAAAAAUUAACUGGCUAGAAAAUCUAUUUGUGUUUUCCUUCAACUUCCAGAAUGACAAUUUAGCAUUUAGGGCAUAAUGCUCCAAGCUCUACUAUUUAUUUGAAAUUUCUAUUACAUAUUUAGUGCUUCCAUUGCAAGUUGUGACUUUUACUGAGUUUAUUAUUGAAAUGGAUAUUUAUAUGGAUUCAUAGAGGUUUGAGAGUAUUUAUCUUCUCACAAUUAUCGCGUUCAUAAAACAAGCAAACCAUACAAAACCUUGUUCACAGUCACAAAAUAGUGAUCCAGUAGUGAACUGAUCACUCAAACCCACCCUGAAGACAGGACAACAUUUAUACAAAUUCAGAUUAUGUAUAAAUAUUGCCUGAUUUUAUACCAAAAAGAUAAAUUGCACAUGUUGGAUAAAUUAAAAGGAACAUGAUUUCAUGACUGAAUUUAGAAAUAUGUUGAAUUCAGAAAUAUGUUUAAUUCCAUGGGAGUACAAAUCAUUAUAUCUUUAUUUAAUAGUACGGUAAGCAAGCUUUCUUAUGUUUUUCUGUUUCUCUCCUACUUUUCCAUCUUCUUUUUCACUUUUGCCUUUGCCUUCCUGUCUUUGAUGUUAACUUCUGAGUGGUACCAAGAGGCUCGGCAUUAGUGGCAGGGUGACAGAAUUUGAGAAUCCCUGUGCGGGCAGACCUAAGUUCUAACCCUUAGAUCGAAUCUUUAUGAUAAGAAGUUUCCAAAAAUAAAAAGGAAAACCACAACACACACAUAGAAACACACACACCCCCCACGUGCUUUUUAAAGAAGGAGCCAGCAUUCAACGUGCUCUGUGACCUGAAGAAUUAGAGGUAGUGAAACCUUGGGUCAAACCGUUUCACAGUUGCGGUGGUGGUAUUUCAAGCUGAUAAGAUUCCUCUGGCAAACAGAUAGAGAAAUUUAUCCGAGUUUGUGCUCUUCACAAGUCAGAACUGGAAAUAUUCUCUUGAGUCUUCAAGAUAAAGCACUUGUGUUUGUAUCACCUUAUGCAUAAACAUGUAAGAAUCAGGUGCAAUUUCUGCUUCAUCAGUUUUACGUGUUUGUGUUGUCACUGAAAAGUGCACCCAUUGUUUAUAGCUCCCGAGGAGACCCUGAAUGCAUUUUUUAUGUUGGAAAACUUUUUUUUAGUAAUUUUUCUUUGGGAAGAAAUGAGUGUGAAAAAAGAAUACUCCAAAGAAAAGGAAUUAUUACAGAAAAUUCAACAUAAAUAUUAUGAUUUAAUUACUGUCUUGUCUUUUUAAAUGCCGUCUCCUGUUUUCCUUUUUUUUAUUAAAAGCUUUAAAAAAAGAUACGUCUUUUGGUGUUAUUUUGAAAGUGCUUCCUUUCCUGUAUAAGAUUGCAAGUUUUAAAAUUAAUAAUGUUAAGUAGUAAUAGUUAAAUCCUUCCAACUAGUAAAGAAAUGUUUGGUUUAGCAACUACUUUGCUUAAUUUUAAAAAUCAUUAAAAAUGUGCCUUAUUUAUAAAAAUGUCAUUCUGUAAAUUAUGCUAUUUGGUUUUGGUGUUUUAUGUUUGAGAUAGUAUGAGGGAAUUUAGAGAAUGUGGAAAUUAGUUCUCCACAUUCCUACACUUUAUUUAGCAAAAUUGAACCUGACUUGUCACCUCAUACACUUACCAAAACUACCUGAACCAUACCAAGAGUUUUGAAUCCAUAUAAAGGUUUUUUCCCUGAUCCCUACUCUCUUUUUCACAUAAGCACAAGGUACUCAGUUCAUU